AUGCUCUACCACAUACCAGAGACUGCGGCUCUACCACAUUUUGACUGUUCAAAAAUAUAUCGCGAAAUUAGAGUCAGCCACAAGUCAAAUGAAGACAUCCGUAAAGUAAAAUCAUCAACUGGUUCAUCAGAUAUGGCGAAAGAGAAGAAGUCCACGAUGACCACGAUCCUGAACGCAAUGGUGCUCUACUGCCGUCUGUUCCUCGAUAGGGUCAUAGACUUCGUGUUCUCGCUGUACUGGAAGAUAAAGGCGAAAGAGUUGAAAUCGGAACAGCUAGUCCGCGCUGUUAUUAACAGAAUUAAAGAGGUCAAUCCGAUAUUAAAGGCUGUGGUCACAGAUCGCUACGAGGCUGCCCUGGAGGAGGCGAGAGAGGUCGACAGAUUGGUAGCUUCCGGACUGUCUGACGAAGACGCCAAGAAACCUUUCCUCGGUGUACCGUUCACUACGAAGGAGAGCCAGGAGAUAAAGGGCUUCUACAACACCCUGGGCCUGUGGUCGCGUCGCAACACUGUCUCCACCGAGGACAGCGAGGCUGUGGCACUGAUGAAGAGAGCUGGUGCCAUCCCUUUGGCGGCGACCAACCUGCCGGAACUGCUGAUAUGGCAAGAGACUCGCAACCCAGUGUACGGUAUGACGAACAACCCCCACCACACCGGCCGGUCACCAGGAGGAUCCAGUGGCGCUGAGGCAGCCCUAACAGCCAGCUACGCCACCGCCAUCAGCCUAUGCUCGGACAUUGGGGGAUCCACUCGUAUGCCCGCAUUCUACUGCGGCGUCUUCGGCCAUCACCCCACUGCCGGUACCACGAGCACCAAAGGAGUAUAUCUCCGCAAGGGGGGUGAGGAGACAAUGUUCUGUCUGGGCUUCAUAUCCAAACACGUCGAGGACUUGCAACCACUUACCAAGGUCAUCGCAGGCGAUAAAGCUGAGCUACUGAAACUGGACCGAGAAGUCGACAUUAAGGACAUUAAAUUCUAUUACUUGGAAUCGGCAGCCGAUCCCCUCGUCAGUCCAUUAAGAAAGGAAAUGAGGAACGCCAUGCGAAGAGUUGUAGCGAGGGUAGGCGAAAAAGUUGGGGAAGCCCCUAAAAAGUACUCGCACGACGGCCUCCGUUAUAUGUACCGUCUUUGGGCGUAUUGCAUGGAUAAGGAACCCGACGACUACGAGCAAAUGUACGGGCAGGAUCCCAACGCCUUCGUCGAGCUGGUUAAGAAGAUGCUCGGCAUGAGCCGCCACUGCCUGUUUACGAUCUGCAGACUGUUUGAGCUUCAAUACUUGCCCAAAGUCGACAGCAAAUGGGCAGAGAAUACGCUGAAGGAUAUCAAACAAGAUUUGUUUAGUAAGCUGGGUGACAACGGGGUGCUGCUGAUGCCGAGCGCCCCCCACGCGGCGCCCUUCCACUACUCGUGCCUCCUCCGCCCGUUCAACUUCGCCUAUUUCGCCAUCGUCAAUGCCCUCAAGUGCCCCGCCACCCAGGUGCCUCUGGGCACGAACAGCAUCGGACUCCCGAUUGGCAUCCAAGUCCUGGCUGCGCCGUACAACGAUGCCCUGUGCCUGACCGUUGCCAAGUACCUGGAGAAGGAGUUCGGUGGAUCUGUCAUGGCCUGCAAAGUCAAGACG